AGAUGAUUGACUGUAUCAGUAUGUAUAUAUACACUAUAAAGAGUCCAAAAAGUCAAACCCCCAAAAACAGUCAAACCCCUCAAUUCGUAUUGCUUCCCUUAAACCCUAGCUCCUGAAAUUCACUGAUCAGCUCUCCACUGUUCGGAUUCCCGCACCUAAAAUGCACGUCGGAGGAAUAAUUUCAAGAUCCAAAGCAUCAAUUCUCGCCUCCGCCGCCGUGUUUGCCAAAUUCUGCCUAUUUUCGAAAUCCCUCCGCUGCGUUCAAGCUCCUGUUCUAGUUUCUCCGAUACCACCGACUAUCAAUACUACAUUUCCGGCGACAUUGGGAUUCGGCCGGGCUUACCACGACGGUAGGCCCAGAGGUCCGUUAUGGAGGGGUAAAAAACUCAUCGGAAAAGAGGCACUCUUCGUUAUUCAAGGAUUGAAGCGAUUCAAAGAUGACGGUGAGAAGAUCGAUAAAUUCAUCAAAACACACGUCGUCAGGCUUCUCAAAAUGGACAUGGUUGCAGUUCUCACCGAACUCGAACGCCAGGAGGAGGUCUCUCUUGCUGUCAAGAUGUUUAGGGUGAUUCAGAAACAAGACUGGUACAGACCCGAUGUUUUCUUGUACAAGGAUUUGAUUGUUGCAUUGGCUAGACGCAAGAAAAUGGAUGAUGUAAUGGAGUUAUGGGAAGAUAUGAGAAAGGAAGAUUUAUUCCCAGAUUCUCAGACAUACACCGAAGUUAUUCGUGGUUUCUUACAGUAUGGCUCUCCUGCAGACGCCAUGAACGUAUACGAAGAUAUGAAGAAGUCUCCGGAACUUCCAGAUCAAUUGCCGUUUAGAAUAUUAUUGAAGGGGCUUUUGCCGCACCCCUUGUUGAGGAACAAAGUCAAACAAGAUUUCGAGGAAAUAUUUCCCGAUCAACGUGUUUAUGAUCCCCCAGAAGAGAUUUUUGGAUUACGAUGAGGAUUCAAAGUGCUGUAAUUGUUGGAAUUGCUCGGAUCCAACUCAAUGCACACAACUCUGUUCCGAGCAUAAUAGGCUGGUAGGUAGUUGCUUCAGAUCUUUCGUAUUUUAUGCAAGCAAAAAUAAUUUGCUGGUUAUUAUUCCUGAUUGAUUGAUCUGAUUCAUGUGUUCCUCAAGACUUUUUGGUCAUUCAUAUUUCAAAAAUUUGUUCCGAAUUCUAGUGCUGAAACCAAAAUCCGAGUGUCGGAAUUUUAGAUAUUGAGAUAUAAGCAACCAUGCAAUACAAAAAAGAAAAGAAAAAAUGUUGAAGGAUGGUA